UAUUGAGGGAUCUUGUUAGCGAGAAUAAGGGCAAGAAAAUGUAUGUGGUUCCUCCACCUCAGGAUUCCGAUCCGAACGCCGCCGCUGGAGGCGAUGGCUCCCAGACUCUCAGGACUUACCAAACCUGGAAAGGCAGCAAUAUUUUCUUUCUUCGAGGAAGGUUUGUAUUUGGUCCAGAUGUCAGGUCACUGUUGUUAACCGUAUUCCUUAUUGCUGCUCCUGCCAUAGUUUUCUGCGUCUUUGUAGCCAGAGAACUGAUUGAUUACUUGGGAAUAUCAAUAAUUGUUGUUGCUGCUGCAUUCACAUUUUAUGUUUUAGUUCUUCUUCUGCUAACCUCUGGACGAGAUCCUGGUAUUAUACCUCGUAAUCCAUACCCUCCAGAACCAGAAGUCUAUGAUGGGAAUGCUGAAGUUGGCGGUGGCCAGACUCCGCAGUUACGUUUGCCUCGCACGAAGGAUGUUGUUGUUAAUGGUAUCAUUGUUAAGAUCAAGUACUGCGACACAUGCAUGCUUUAUAGGCCUCCUCGCUGUUCACACUGUUCAAUCUGCAAUAACUGUGUUGAAAGAUUUGACCACCACUGUCCCUGGGUUGGACAGUGUAUUGGGCUGCGAAACUAUAGGUUCUUCUUCAUGUUUGUCUUCUCCACGACUCUUCUUUGCAUAUAUGUAUUUGGUUUCUGCUGGGUCUACAUUGUGAAGAUUAUGGAUGCUGAUAACACAUCAAUCUGGAAAGCAAUGUUAAAGACCCCUGCAUCCAUUGUGCUGAUAAUAUACACAUUCAUAUGUGUCUGGUUUGUUGGUGGCCUUAGUGUGUUCCAUUUGUAUCUCAUUAGUACAAACCAGACCACUUAUGAGAAUUUCAGAUACCGGUAUGAUCAGCGAGACAACCCAUAUCACAAGGGAUUGGUGGAAAAUUUCAAGGAAAUAUUCUGCACAAGCAUUCGUCCAUCUAAGAACCAUUUCAGGGCCAAGGUUCCACAGGAGCCGGUAUUGCCACCACGUUCCGGAGGUGGUGGUUUUAUUAGUCCAAACAUGGGUAAAGCUGUAGGAGAUAUAGAAAUGGGUAGGAAGCCAAUCUGGGGAGAACCUGCUGCUGGGUUUGGUGAUUUUGAUGGGUCACUCAGCCGCAACAGUGGCUUGGACAGCAAGGAUGGUGGGUUUGAUGAUGUAUCCUCAGACUUAAGUAGGACUCUUCCAGCAGCUGGUACAGAGGGGCAUGCACUACAUCCCAGGCGCUCUAGUUGGGGCAGGAAAAGUGGGAGCUGGGAUAUAUCGUCUGAAGUUCUUGCUGUGGCAGCAGGCAUUGGUGAGUCUAAUCGGGUUGGUGGUGACAACAUUGGCAGCCAAACAGCCGGAAAAUGGCAUGCUUAAAUAGGUUCUAGGCUCUGG